AUGCUCAGGCUUCUGAGACAGGCUUUGGCCUUCUUCCAGAGGAAGGCAGACCCCACACAGCGGCAGGGCCCACAGCAACAGGGGCUCCCACAAGGUGGCACCACAUUGAAAACUGUGCAGGGAUUUGUGACAAAUGUCUCUAGUAAUUACGGCUUGAUUAAUGAGUUGAACUACAGCAGUAGUGAUAUUGUCACUGACAAUGUGGCUCUGAAAGUUGGACAAAAAGUUACUGCAGUUGCAAAAGAAGAUAAACCAUCUCAUGGAUUGAAAGCUAUCAAAAUUGGCUGUGAUGAAAAGUUCACACUUUUUCUCCAUUUAACUUUGUUAAAUCAGUAA